AUGGCCGAGUUUUGGCGACUUGCCCUCACUCCUUCUUACUGCUGCCGUAUGAGCGACAGAGUGGACUACCUAUGGGGUCACUCGAACCGGGAUAACGGGAAAAUGGCCGCAAAAACAGUUACGGACAAAGAGAAAGUUCUAAGUUCUGGAGACCAGGAUGAUGGUUAUGGCAACGAUGAUGAUGUUGAGGAUGACAAGGAGGAGGACGACGAAGAGGAUUAUAAUGACGAUGAUAGUCAGAAGGAGAAAAGGAGGAACACGAAGACUACGACGUUGAUAUUUGUGGCGGUGCUGAUGAUACUGUUGCUAAUUUUCAUGUUGAUGACUCCGAUGAUGGCGAUUAUUAUGAGCGGGAAGAUGCCGACGGCUGCUAGUGCUAAUGUCCAUGCUGAUGACUCUGAGGAUGGCGAUUAUUAUGAGUUGAAAGAUGCCGACAACGAAGAGAAAGAUGGUGAUGAGUAG